GCUGCCCUCCUGAGUUGAGCGGCGGAGUAAAGAUGGCGGCGGGUUCGGAUUUGCUGGAUGAGGUUUUCUUCAAUACGGACGUGGACGAGAAAGUGGUCAGCGAUCUGGUGGGCUCCCUGGAGUCCCAGCUAGCGGCCGCCACCCACCACCACCAUCACCACCACCAGCAGCCACAGGGCCCCCCCGAGGCCCGCAGCCAGGCCCUGGCCAACCAUGUCUCCAGCCCCGGGGGCCAGCCCGAGGCCAAGCUGGGGCUCCCCUCAGACAUCAGCAAGGCGGGUGAGUGGGCUGGGGGCGGCCUGGCAGGGCUGGGGGGUACAGGGGCUGCAUGGGGGGGUACAGGGGCCCCCAGGGGCUGCAUGGGGUGUUACAGGGGCCCCCAGGGGCUGCAUGGGGUGUUACAGGGGCCCCCAGGGGCUGCAUGGGGGGGUACAGGGGCUGCAUGUGGCGGUACAGGGGCCCCCAGGGGCUGCAUGGGGGGUACAGGGGCUGCAUGUGGGGAACAGGGGCCCCCAGGGGCUGCAUGGGGGGUACAGGGGCUGCAUGUGGGGAACAGGGGCUGCAUGGGGGGCCAUGUAUGGAGUUACAGGUGUCUGGGCUCUAUAGGGGGCAGGGGGAGCUUUUGGGGUGUCUGUGUGCUGCAGGGGCUGGUUUGAGGGUGUCUGGGGGUAUUGCAGCGGUAAGGAAGCAGACAGACUGUGUGUAGGGGAUCAGGGGUGUGUAGUUGUCUAGUGUAAAGCUCUUACCGCUUAGGGGGGCAGGCAGGCUCUUUGAGGGUUUAGUUUAGUUUUAUGGAGGGCUAAUGAAAUCCCACUGAUCUACAUAUGGGGGAAAAAGCCUUCCUAGGGCUUUUGUUUGGGGCUAUGAUGUCUCGUGGGAUGAUGGUAGGGACGUUGGGUUAUUGUGGAGGGAAAACUCUCUCUGACAAGCUUUGCUAUGAAGUGCAGUGUUUUUUCAUCACGUUAUUGAGUUAUUCACUAACUUUUCACGUAACACUGGAUGUGCAGCGAUGUCCUACUACUUGUGUCUCAUUCUCUUUCUGUUUCUUAGGAGCUGGCGUAACGGGAGGAGUUAUCAAUAACAGUCGACCGCAAACCACAGCACCACAGGAAGGAGCCCAGACUGCUGGAUCGGAGACACCAGGGGCUCUUAGCCAAGCUAAAGCUGGGGUCCUGGGUACCUUAGCAACAACUUUGUCAAACCACAGUCCAGGAAAUGGAAAGACAGCCACCCUUCAGACAAUGAAUGGGAGUAAUGUUGUAAUUAAUUCUCACGGACCUGGUGGGCAUGGUACCUCUUACCAGGGAAACAGCAACCCUGCACCCGCUGUAACUUUGGUGAACAAUGGCCCAGCUCCUGUCACCAAGAGUGGUGUAAAUACAGGAGCCAACACCGUGAUCCAGGCUUCUUUUCUUGGGACAACAAAUGUGUCAGCUUCUGUCAUUUCUUCCUCAUCGACUUCAACUGCUGGGGCAGCUGGACAACAAGCAGGAAUGGCUAGUGUGCCCACCACCGUAGCUUUGGUGAGACCUCUAAUGCAUCAAGGUGUGCCAGCAACGCAGAAUGGAAGUAAUACUGUGAUCAAUUCUCCCCUGACACCCUCUGCUGGGGUAUCUUUGCAAAUGAACAGUCAGCCCAACUCUGUAACUAGCCAGGUGAUAAAGUCAGACUCCCCUAAAACUAUUAUUCAGCCCCCCCAGCAGAGCCAGCCCAACCCUGGUAGCAUGGUGAUAGGGCAGACUAUGCAAGCAGGACAUCCAGGACCUGGCGGGCCAAAUAAUGCUCCUGGUACCCCCACAGGAAUGGCAAAAGCUACAGUCAGCACUGUGCCUCCAAACUUGCCAAGGACUCCUACAGCGGCGGUUGGUGGCAUCAGGGCAACCAUGAAUCCUCCUGUUCUAGCACCUCGUAUGCCCCAGCCACCUCAGAACCCACCAAACAUCCAGAACUUUCAACUUCCUCCAGGUAAGUGAAAGGGUUAUUUCUGGGUCGGGCACAUUCGGAGUUACUCUCUGCUCCCUUUUCAUGUUGCGUUAUGAUAUGGCACUGUGUGGUUCUCUGAAUCUGGGACCAGUCGUGCUGUCACGUUAAUAUCUUUGCAUGCAGUCUUUAUAGUUUGAUGCAAAUGUUACGCUGGAUAAGAGUUAUCUGUCCGACAACUUCUGUGGCUUUGGAUAAAUGUAGCUAUUUGCAAAUUGCUUGAUGUUUAGGAACUGUACUCCUUUACAGGUUACCUGGUCUGCCCUGGUUUCUCGUGUCCCCGAGUGCCCCUUUACCCUAGAAGUCUGCUUGGUAAUGCAUGUGAACUUGGCAUUUGGGGAUCCUGGUAUGCUGCAGUUUCACUAUCAGACACUGUUAACGCUUACACUGUUGGCUGCUGAAACUGUAAAAAGGGUUAAUAUUCAUGAUUUCAAGAUAUUUUUCAUUGGUUCUAUAGCCUGUAUCCAAUUAAAACCCUAUUACUGCUCAGCUCCUGUAACAUUUAAAUGAUUUCUUUACUUUGCCAAGUAAUGCAUUGCAUUUAUCCAGAUUCUUGAAGUGUUUUUUAUGAAAUCGUAACAUAGUUUUUCUCCGUUCUCUCUAAGUUAAGACGGGGAUAUAAUUUUAGCAUUUGCAUUGCUCAUAUUUGUUACAGAAUUCCUAAUGCAAAGCAGCAGUAUAUCGGUUACUGGUCAGAGGCUGCCAGAGGUGUUGGGUGCUUUGAUUUGAAUAUCCUUACCUGUUCCUCAUUACCAGGAGCUGAUUUGCAAUCUCAUCCUUAAUAACCCUUUCUGUGUUUACGUACACCCAGCUGUCAGUUUGUCGCCACAAACUUAAUAUCCAAAUAAAAAUCUCCGGUUGUGUCCGGGGCUGUGGGGCAUUGCUUGGCAACGGGUAGCCACUGACCCAGAGCCAGCCCAGUGAGUCUAGUAUUAUUUAGGAAGGACCCUGUAAUUUGAUUUGGUUAUACGAUGCGUUUAUAUGUCAGCGUCUCCAAAAGACCCCUCUGUAUAGUGUUCUAGCCUUCACGUGACAUUUCCGAGAAGAUUUGUAUGCCAGAGGAAUACUUUGAACCAGGAACUAAGACUAUCGCAUAGCACUAAAACCUUGUUGGAAGAUGCAGGCACCUAGCCUCUCCAAAAUUUCAGUGUAAGCUGUGCAAUAUUUUAUUUUCUUAUCUUUCAGUUGAAAAAGUUUAAACAAAGUUAUUUUCAUGGGCUUAUAUUUUUUAAUUUUGAGGUUUACUCACCAAGCACCAAAGACAAUUGUAACUUCGGUGAAAAUAAAAUAUCUGGGUCUAGAGUUAAGUGGAAUAAUAUUUGACGAUUUUUGCCUAAAGGUUAAUAUUUAAAUUCAGUUUAACAACAUUUUGACAUUCGGUGAAUAAAGCCGUGUUUUGACCCAAACUUUCUCCAGGUUGAAAUCUUUGAUUUUCUAGAAAAUUGGAAUCCUACUCUGGGACCCAAGACCUAUUUUGUUUGCUAGACUGACCCAAUAUAGUUCAAUUAAGAACCAUUUUGUGACAUGUGGGCAGUUUAAAGUGGAUAUCUUGUUAGGAUGUGUUCACGUGUGUCUUGCACAUGAUAUUUCCAUGAUCUGUUUUCCUGUGACAUGUUAUGCUGGCAUGGUCGCAGUGGAUUGCAGCCGAUCUGAAACGUUGGCUCUAAAGUGCUGUUGUGCGCUUUAGAGUUGGCAUCACCCAAGUUUUUUGUGAUUUGGUUAUUUGUUUUUCAUGUUCUGUUUGAUUUACGUGUGAGAUUUGAAUAUUAUAGGUAUUUUAUUAGUUCGAGAGCGUGCAUGAAAAUAACUUUCCGAUAUCUAAACACUCCGGAGGUAGAGCUUAUUUUACAGAAAGCUUAGCUCAAGCAAUGAACAUUUUGCUAUUCUUCCUAAAGAACGUUAGAUCUGUGGAGAAGAUAUGACGGAAGCCGAGGCUGGAUGGGAAUUAAAAUAAAUUAAAAAUUUUCGUUAAAGACACUUGGCCUGCGUAGUUUGUAAAAUAGGUCACCGAUAUCUGGGGAACAUUUUAUUCACAAAACUCCGAAUUGUAGCGAUUUCAACAAAUUGCAAAGUUUUUGGCAAAAAUACUGAUUUGGGAUAACUCUCCAUCUCGCUAUAGUCACUGGGUGGGAUUUUAGUAUAAAUGUUGCAUUUUAACUUUCACUUCAAUACAGUUAAUUGUUUAGUGAAUAAACCCCUCAGUAUUUCAUUUUAAUUAUUUCCACUUCUUGAUUUUAAUAGCCUUUUUAUUACUAUGUGCUCAUUUAAUGAGAUUUAUCAGUAAAAAAUAUUGUGCAAAGUGUAACUAAUUAAUGCAAGACAAUAUGCACAUCUUUUUGAACUUUUGUACAGCACUACAGUGUAUGUAUGUGCAUUGUAUAGGGAUGCUUAUUAUCUCACUGCAGAAAUAGACCCUGUACAAAUAGUUUAAAUUAGUGAUAGGGAACCUCAGCACACCAAAUGUUUUACUACAUCUCCCACGAUGCAUGGUGUCGUGGCUCUGCUUCGUGAAGGUGACUCUUGGUGUCUGUUCUGAAAAGGGGUGCAAAGAUGUAAAAGGGGGGUGUUUCUCCCGUGGAUUUGCGCUAGUGAAUUUCACGGUUUCUCAGAAAAGAAAACUUAUAAAUCUCGCCCCUAAUGCCAGGAUAAGCCGAUACUGCUCUAAAUCAAGAUGAUCUGUUCUGGGUAUUAUUGAAGCUUUGAUUUUAAUCAAUUGCACCCCAUUAUGAAAUUGGUUAAAGUUUAAAUGUUUCUUUUAAACAAAGGUCCCAUAAUCCCCUCAUUAUCCACCGUCGGCCUCUCUAAUAUUGGAAGAUGAAUACUCCAUGAUAUAAAUAACCCAGGGGUGAAGGUGUAGCCAGUUGUCCUCCUUUACUACAAACACGAGGGUAAGAGAUAUCAAAUACAAUUUGUAAUGUUUGUAAACAAUAGCAUACCCUAUACAGUGCUUACAGUAAACUACAUGUUACUACUAUAUAAACAAACCCUGUAUACCUACUGCACUUACUGUACCUCCAUCUACUGUAAUGUAACAUGUAAAGUACUGAGUACACCUGUUAGCGCUAUAUAAAUAAAAUAUACAUACACUGUAUACCUACUGCACUUACUGUACCUCCCUCUACUGUAAUGUAACCUGUAAAGUGCUGAGUACACCUGUUAGCGCUAUAUAAAUAAAAUAUACAUACACUGUAUACCUACUGCACUUACUGUACCUCCAUCUACUGUAAUGUAACCUGUAAAGUGCUGAGUACACCUGUUAGCGCUAUAUAAAUAAAAUAUACAUACACUGUAUACCUACUGCACUUACUGUACCUCCCUCUACUGUAAUGUAACCUGUAAAGUACUGAGUACACCUGUUAGCGCUAUAUAAAUAAAAUAUACAUACACUGUAUACCUACUGCACUUACUGUACCUCCCUCUACUGUAAUGUAACCUGUAAAGUACUGAGUACACCUGUUAGCGCUAUAUAAAUAAAAUAUACAUACACUGUAUACCUACUGCACUUACUGUACCUCCCUCUACUGUAAUGUAACCUGUAAAGUGCUGAGUACACCUGUUAGUGCUAUAUAAAUAAAAUAUACAUACACUGUAUACCUACUGCACUUACUGUACCUCCCUCUACUGUAAUGUAACCUGUAAAGUGCUGAGUACACCUGUUAGCGCUGUAUAAAUAAAAUAUACAUACACUGUAUACCUACUGCACUUACUGUACCUCCCUCUACUGUAAUGUAACCUGUAAAGUACUGAGUACACCUGUUAGCGCUAUAUAAAUAAAAUAUACAUACACUGUAUACCUACUGCACUUACUGUACCUCCCUCUACUGUAAUGUAACCUGUAAAGUACUGAGUACACCUGUUAGCGCUAUAUAAAUAAACUAUACAUACACUGUAUACCUACUGCACUUACUGUACCUCCCUCUACUGUAAUGUAACCUGUAAAGUACUGAGUACACCUGUUAGUGUUAUAUAAAUAAAAUAUACAUACAAUGUAUACCUACUGCACUUACUGUACCUCCCUCUACUGUAAUGUAACCUGUAAAGUGCUGAGUACACUUGUUAGCGCUAUAUAAAUAAAAUAUACAUACACUGUAUACCUACUGCACUUACUGUACCUCCCUCUACUGUAAUGUAACCUGUAAAGUACUGAGUACACCUGUUAGCGCUAUAUAAAUAAACUAAACUAUACAUACACUGUAUACCUACUGCACUUACUGUACCUCCCUCUACUGUAAUGUAACCUGUAAAGUGCUGAGUUAGCAAUAUAUAUAUAUAUAUAUAUAUAUAUAUAUACACACUGUAUACCUUCUGCACUUACUGUACCUUCCUCUACUGUAAUGUAGCCUGCAAAGUGCUGAGUAAAUACAAUAUACAAGAGAUUCUCUGUUUUUAAACGGACCCUAAGCACCAAAACAACUUUAGCUUAAUGAAGCAGUUUUUGUGUAUAUAUUAUCCCCAUGCAGUCUCACUACUCCAUUCUCUGCCAUUUAGGAGUUAAAUCGCUUUUGUUUCUGUUAAUGUAACCCUAGCCACACUCCUCUGGCUGUGAUUCACACGGUCUGCAUGAAAAAAUGGUUUCAUUUUCAGUCUUAUGUAAAAGGGACCCUAUAGGCACCCAGACCACUUCAUCUCAUUGAUCUGGGUGCAGUGUCCCUGUCCCUCUUAGUCGUGCAAUGUAAAUCAUUGCUGUUUUAGAGAAAUCGCAAUGUUUACAUUGCAGGACUUAGACAGCCUCUAGUACAGGGCUUGACAAAUUUGCUUUGAAUCUAUGAGACAGCUAAAUAAGUUAGGAGCCAGGUUUUUUUAAACUUACAAAACUUUAUUUUCAAUGACAAUAAUACAAUUCUUAAGGAGAUACUAUAGUCAUCGGGACCAGUACUGCUUAAUGUAGUGGUUCUGGUAUCUAUAGCCUGUCCCUGCAGGCUUUUCAAUGUAAACACUGACUUUUCAGAGAAAAGGCAGUGUUUACAUUGCUGCCUAGUGAUACCUCUCAGUCUCUCAGACAGCCACUAAAGUGUUUCCUAUCCCAGUGCUGCACAGUAUGCAGCACCUAAAUGCUCUGCAUGGAGGCGCUGAAUGUUCCCCAUUGAUAUGCAUGUCUAUGAGAAGAUGCUGACUAGCAGAGCAUUUUGCAGUGCAUGUGCAGUAGCUUCUCAGUGCUUUCCUUUGGGAAAGCAUUGGAUUGGCAGAGGUAAUCAAUUGUGAUUAUCUCAGCCAUAGAGGCGGGGCCAGCAACGGGGAGACUGUAACAGUGUGGAGAAAAAAAAAAAAAAGGUGAGUUGGAAACACCAUUCCCACAUGAUUGGAGGGGGGCUAGUCACCUAACCACAUAGACACAUACACUGGCAGACGCACACACACAGAUACACACGUACACUGACAAACACGCUCACAGAUAUACAAACAGAUUAUUUGUUUUAAUACAAUUCUAUUCCACCCAGCCUCCCUACCUUUGGGAAUGCUGGAGUGGAUAGGUUUUCCUUGGGGACCAGUGGGCGGUUGGCUGGGGUACAGUGGAGGCGGGCGGCUGGCUGUGGAACAGCGAAGGCCAGCGGCCAACUGCGCAUACUGUAGGCUGACAGCGAGGGAGCUGUGAUGUCGCUGCUCUGCUUCCUUUGUGUGCUGCUAAGUCAUGCUGAGGCCGGUGUGACGUCAUUCAUUCCGGCUCCGACAUCAUUAAGUGGCAGGGAGAUUGCCGUUCUCUCGCCUGCAGAACACGCAUCCAGGCACCCGCCUGCCUCGGAGGGAACAGGCUCACAAAUCCCUGGGAUUUGUCAAGCCCUGCCCUAGUGGCUGUCUACCAGACAGCCACUAGAGGUGCUUCCAGGAGUUUACCGAACACUAGGUGGUCAAAUGACGCUGGACGUCCUCACGCUCUGCAUGAGAACAUCCAGUAUUUGUGAAAUUGCCAUAGGAAACCCAUGGCAAUGCGACUGCAGGGUCAUCGUCUAUAAACCAAAACUGCUUCAUUAAAAUAAAGUUAUUUUGGUGCCUAAAGAGUCCCUUUUUAAGGUUGUUAAAGAUUUAACAAAUUUCAUCAAAAUCUUUUCGGACAAGCCAUAGCCAGGGCACACAUUGCAAAUAAAAACUAGAAACUUUUUCAUUUCUCCUCCUCUCUGCAUGCUCUCUGUGUGCCAACUUCUAGGUGCAAAAAGCGGAGCUUAUAACAAUGAUUGACAGGGAGAUCAGAUGGAGGCGUCCAGAUGCAGGAUAACAUGCUGUGGAUUUCCACAUUUUAUUUAAUUUUUCACACCUCAUAAAUACAGAGAUAAGUAAACAUAAUAUUAAAAGUCCUGGGAAGUCUUGAAUAAAUAUAAAAUAUAAAUAUUAUCUCCAGCAUUGUCACCAUAACUACUGUAACACUCAUCCUGGGUUCCCUCCUGUCUCCUAUCUGACUGGCUCUGUUUGGAAACACGUCCCUUGCCUGGCCAUUCCUCCCCUGCGACUCCAUCAAUGUCCUCAUUGCUGCACGUCGACGUGUGAACGGACAUUUGUCAGGCCAUUCCAUUAUUUCUCUGGUAGUGCAUGAGACGUUCUUUGCCAGAUGAAUAAUCUCCGCAACUACAACGUGUAAUCUGUAGUUGCCACGGAAGACAGGUGGCUGCUUCCAAUGCUCUUUGAUUAUCAGAAUUGAUUGACAAGUGGGGGACCAUGUAUUUAUUUUACUUUAAAUCUAGCACACUAUAUAGCUGGUAUUUGAUGCUCCUUGUUGUAAUUUGUGUAUACCUUGACAGAUGAAUCCUUUCUCCUGUGCUUGGUUUAUAUAUCUCUUCCCACCUAUAUGUAUUCCAACCUGUGUAGUAAGGCUGCACGCUGGAAUUGCAGCGCGUCCUCAGCGAUGUCUGGAAACUUUGAGACAGGGAGUUCCUGUAAACAUGGCUGCCGCUGCACACAGCAUCCGUUACUUGGUGACAGAAUGAGAGCAGCUCGCAGGAAAAAUCCAAUGCGCAGAGAGGAAGCCAGACUGAUGACUCUGGUUGCCAUGGAGAUUGACGUAGUGAUGGUUUGGGGAGUCUGGCGUGCUUAUAGAUGUCUACAUAUAUAAAGACUUCCUCGCUCCCUGCUGCGUUCAGUUUGGGCUCAUCCAGCUGUAGCAUGCUGUCAGCGCAGCCUGUUAAUGGAUGGGAAACUUUGAUUCCCCAAGAAUAGUGUCCCUGUUUUACAGCUUACUAUGCUGGCUGUUAUUUCUCACAGCGCUGGUAGAGUCACCUAAUAUUCGGGUUGGCACAAUUAGCUGAGGAUGACAUUGUUGUGGCUUUCUAAUGAAGUUUGCUUUGUUUUCACUUACAUGUCUAAUUCCCUGCGCUGGGUAGAUCUGUGCAAGGUAUAUCCACUGGGUGGGUAAAAGCGAGUAUUGGGAAACGUUAGCCCAGUGCUUGCCAUUUCUUAUUUUUGUGUUAAUGUGGUCGGGUAUUGUAAAAUUCAGUCACCCAGCUUGUGUCCAGCGCCACAAAAACAAUUUACACAAAAUAAGGGGGUAUGUACCCGUAAACUACUCAGACUGUAACCGUGGCACCGUGAUAAUGCAAUAAGUACUCGGAUUGCAAACACCCCCAACUCCAUUUAUUAGGUUUUGGCUUUCCUUCCAUGUCUUUCUAUCUGUAGCUUUUUGGUGAAUACAAACUGAUUUAUGCACAUCUUGUCACUGAACUGUGUAAAUGCUGAUAAAAUUGGAGAGAAAAAAAAUAGUACUUUUUUUGUAAAUAUGUAAUUGGCUUUAUACUUUGUGUGUGUGACUGGCUGAAGGUGGUGGCCCUAUUAGGGGUUCUCAAUAAUUGGGAGGGUUAACGUAGGGCCCAUAUGUAAACCAGUGGGGCAAACGACAGCAGUCUACCAUUUAAAAGAACAGUACUGGCAGCUGCUAACAAAUCUUGUUUGGUAUAAUCCCAGCAUGGGAGCCAUGAACGUCUCUUCCUUAGGGGUGGGCUCCAAUUAAUUCUAUACAGAAAUAUACAUGUGCUGUUCAUUUAAAGACCAUUUUACAAUGUAAAUAAAAUUCUUUUGGAUACCUGAAAUUGCUAACGUCGGUCUAAAUGAAUUGAAUUGAAUUAUAUUUCACGCCGGUGGCCAAAAGCUGGAACUUGUUAUAUGUUGAGUUAAGUUGUUUGUGGAUUUAACGCUUCGGUAAUAUGGAGGUGGGAGUUGUUUUUAUUUAGUAAGUUGUAAGUACCUAAAUCAGGUCAUGCAAGUGAGAAUAGGGUUAAACGAUUUCCCAGCAUGCACCUGGCUUCCACUUCCUGCCCUGCAGCCUACUUUGGGUAUUUUUGAAACUAUGGCAGGGAGUAUUAAAGGGGAACUGUAAGAUGUGGGACUUUAGCCCAGUCUGAUAGACAACCUAAACUUUUAGUUUUAGUGUGUGUGUGCAGAUAUGUGAAUGUGUGUGUGUGUGUGUGUGUGUGUGUGUGUGUGUAUAUAUAUAUACAUACACACAUACACACACACACACACACACACACACACACAUACAUAUAUAUUCUGCAUAACAUUAAAGGGCUCCUAUAGUGCUGGGAAAACAAACCCGUUUUCCUGGCACUAUAGGCUCAUCCACUUACCUUAAUCCAGCACCUGGCUCCCUCGGCACUGUUGACCUCUCUCCCUCCCCCCUACCCCCCCUGCUUUGUAUUGACUAGAGUGCGAAGCUAGUAGCACUAUAACUAAACUUUUACCUUGCUAAACAGAUCUAUUUAUUAAUCAAAGAUCUAAAUAAAUGAUAAUCAGUGAUAAAUUACUGAGUUUUAAAACUUUUAUAGUAAUUGCUCCGAAUUUCCAAUAGCCUUUGGCGAGUGAUUAUUCUACAGUGGUGUGACACUGUCCCUCCAGGCAUGCUGUGGCAAUUUAUUUCAAAUGCCUGGCUAGUAGUAUAGGACUUAUAUUUUUGAGGGGGUGAUCUGCUUUGGCUGUUUGUUUUAGGAACCUGCUUCUGUCUGUCUGAGCUCCGCAGUUCAGAUUCUAUCGCUUUUCCUGAGAGUGAUUGUGAUGAUCGUCACUAUCACUGGGGACGGAACAUUGACACAUUGACACUUUAUGUAGGUCCCCAGUUUACCCUUCUGUUUAGGUCACUCUGUUCCCAUUAUACAGUUUGACUUCUUGUGGCGGGGCGGGCGCCAGAGCACUCAUGGCACCAUAAGCACAACAGCAACCUUUAGUCAAGAAAAGCUGUAGUUUUUGGGAGGGACACUGUGUGGGCAGUUUGACCUUCUGUUCACAUUCAGUUACUAUAACUCCAGGUUCCAAUUCCAUUGUGAUAAAGUGUUCCCAAGGUAGAUGGAAAAGAGAUGGGGUGUCCAUAACAUAAUCGCCUAUAUACUUUUAUUAUAAAAGAUGUAAGAAACGUGACACAUGUACACAAAGUCAAGCUCGGCAGCCAGAAACUUCUGAAAUAAACUUGUAACUGUUGGAGUCGGACAGUUUUAACUGUAGAGUAGUCACAAUGUAUUUUCCAAAUGGAUAACAUGACAGGUAAAAGGUAAGGAAAUAAGUCUCCCCCAGACCGGCCCAUGUUUGUUGGAAAUAGAAGUGACUGAAUGAAGAGGUAGAUGAAGCAGAUGAUAAACUCUCCACUAACCGCCAAUGCUGGGUUGGAACCAAACGCCUACAUCAGGGCUGCCCAAAAGGUAGAUCGCCAAUUAUCAAUCCCCAAAACUACAGGUUCCAUGAUGCUUUGUAAUUCUAAAGCAUUCUAAAGGCGCGCAAAGCAUUUUGGGAGUUGUAGUUCUACAUCUGGGGAUAUACAUUUUUGGGCAACCUUGGCCUGCAUACAUCAACCCUAACCUCCGCCACCAGUCUUAUUCAGCCAAGUUUCCUGCCUGACCACAAAGCUAAGUGAAAUUAAGGUGAACUUUGUUUCCUUACGCUCAUCGUAAAUAAGAAAAAAAAAAAUCCCAGUUGCUGGUAUCGCUGUAUCUAACUGUUCAGAACAGAACGAGGCUCCUUCCAUCUAUUAACAUUGAGCUGUAUGGAUAUGAUUUCACACGUUUAUUAUGUCACAUGAUACGUCGUUACCACGAUCUCCAGACACGCUGUGAAAAUGUUCACUAGUUCACCUAUUGUUUAUCUGUUUGCACUUUUCACGUUUCCGUUUUCAACUCUAUAUAAUACAAUGUGUUCCUACCUAGAGAACAGACAGGGCUUCGCAUUAAGCGCCACUCUAGAACGGGACUUUUUGGGAAGACGUUUUAUCAGGGGUUAUACUCGGUAGAAAUUAACAGACGUAGUGUGUGCGCUUGUUGUAUAUACAUUCUUGCUCGUCAGUGAUAUAUUUAGCGUUCUGUUCUUUCUAUUAUUUUCCGGGAUAAGGUGUACGCUGUCUGUUAGAAUUGUAUUGAAAUGAUAUAACCUGCAGAGAGAACUUUAACCCAUUCAGGAAUUUCACACCAAGUAUAGAUUAUCUUCACCCUAGUCUUAAAGGGGUUAAAGUUUGCCUUCCAGUGAGAUAAUCAGUUAUUUAUUCAUAGUGGGGCGGUACUCCUGGUUAUAGUGCCAGGCCUCCGCUCCUAACGCGGGGAAUGAUCCUGUCCGUCUUAUUUCUGUCUAUAAGGAUGUCUAAACAGUCUUUGUGUACAAGAACAAAACUUGUACAGUUGCAGCCUUUUCUCCCUCACGUUGUAACGUUGCGUUCCUGCAAAACAAUGUUUUACAUUGUACAUUGUGUUGCUAGUUGUAAAUGAAUUGUGGUGCAAUUAAGAGAUUCAGAAAAGUGGAAUUUUGCUCCCCACAAUCGGCAGUAAAACAACUGUCCUACACCUUUUGGAUCUGCUUUGUCUUCUAAAGUAAAACAUUUUAACAAAAAUGCAGCGGUAUGUGUGUGUCUCCGUUCUGCUGGUUUUCUCAUCUAGACACUUUUUAUAUGUCUCCCCCAAAGUUCUGAUCAACAGAGCCCCAGUUACUGCGAAAUCAUAACCUGCUUGUUUUAUUAUAACUCCCAUAAUUCUAUGCAAUAAGAGAACAUGACGAUAGGGGGUAUAGUCCAACAACAGUCAAUGUUAGAGGCGUAUGUUGUACAUUAAAAUAAAUGCCAGUAUUUAUCGGUAACUUUGUGAAGUUUUUUUGUAAAUUUGUUUAUGUUCAGGUUUGUUUCACUCUGAUGAGAAAAGCAGUGACAAUUUAUGUGUUUACAUUGCUGCAAACAAUACCAAUCGUAUUGCCUGAUCACAAGCUCUUGGGCAAGGUGUCAAAAAUGUAAUCAUACAUCUGUUGUAGAAGUACUUUAAUGCUGCUUGGCUAUGAGUUGCCUUCUGGCCCACGUUCAUAUAGGGGUAUACAAGAUGGCGAGACCCCCAACUAACUUCUCAUCUGAGUUAAAUGCCCGCGGAAGGAAAGCCCCACUUGUUCAUCACUAACUCUCUACCUGUCUUUGUUCCACAGGAAUGGUCCUUGUGCGGAGUGAGAAUGGGCAACUGCUGAUGAUCCCGCAGCAGGCGCUGGCCCAGAUGCAGGCUCAGGUUCAAGCUCAGGCCCAGUCACAAUCUCAGAAUGCCAUGGCUACCCGGCCAGCAACUCCCACCAGCGCCCCUUCAGUUCAGAUCUCUGCAGUGCAGGUGAGUCCAAUUUAGAAUAGUGAUAACCCAGCUCCUCAGCCUUAUUCUGUGACAUCCUGAUCUGUUCUUUAGUAGUGUCAGGUUUAAAUGGACAUUAAGCACCAAAACAACUUAAUGAUGCAGUUUUGGUGUAUAUAUCAUGCCCCGCAGUCUCAAUUCUGUAAUUUAGGAGUUAAAUAACUUUGUUUAUGCAGCCCUAGUCACACCUCACUACAUGUGACUUGCAAAGCCUUCCUAAAACUUCCUAUAAAGAGAGAUCUAAAGUUUAAACUUACUUUAUUGCACAACUCUGUUUAACCCCUUAAAGGGAAACUCCAGUGCCAGGAAAACAAUAGCGUGAGGACGUCCAGCGACGCUCUAGCACAGGUUUCCUGUGCUAGAAACCAGGAAGUGCCCUCUAGUGGCUGUCUAGUAGACAGCCACUAGAGGUGGAGCUAACCCUGCAAUGUAAUUAUUGAAGUUUAUAAAAAAAUGCAAUAAUUACACUUGCAGGGUUAAGAGUAGUGGGAGUUGGUACCCAGACCACUCCAAUGGGCAGAAGUGGUCUGGGUGCCUGGAGUGUUCCUUUAACUCCUUAAGGACACAUGACAUGUGUUACAUGUCAUGAUUCCCUUUUAUUCCAGAAGUUUGGUCCUUAAGGGGUUAAGGACCAAACUUCUGGAAUAAAAGGGAAUCAUGACAUGUCUCACAUGUCAUGUGUCCUUAAGGGGUUAAUUUAGAAUUUCUUAUCCCCUACUCUAUUUUUUGCCUGCAGCAGCCCCCUAUGUGUGAUUUAAUGGUUAAUUAACACAGCAGGCGAUAACUUCUAAUGUAAACACACUGUGCUUUAAGAUGUGAUUAAAAUUAAACUUUUUUUUUUUUUCCGUUCUGGCUGUGUGAGUCACAACCAGGGGAGUGUGACUAGAGCAGCAUUAACAGAAAGAGUAUUUAACAGCGCAUUGAGCAGUGAGACUGCAGGGGAAUGAACUAUACACCAAAACCACUUCAAUAAGCUGAAGUUGUUUUGGUGCUUAGUGUCCCUUUAAUUAUACAACAGUGCUUUCUGGACUUGCCUUCCGUAUUUGAUUCCUCCCACCAUGUUCGAAAAACUAAAAGCACUUUAGAGAAUAAAAUACUUUCCAGCAGAGAUGGUAGCUAUUGGAAUAGAAAGAAAUAAUUAGAAAUGCAUUUUAAAGUUUGCUGCAUUUUUAUGCUUUAAGAAACUGGUGGAUGCGGUCAGUUGGCUGCACUGAAUAAUAUUCUUGACUUUGUUUCAGCGCAAGGUGUUGUCACCUUACAACAAGACUCCAUUCCAGCUGGGUUUGUGCUGGUAAUUUCAGGUUACCUGUUUUGGUGGCUGGCUUGGCUGCAUCUUAUCACGUCAUUCACCAUUUACCUUGUUUGUUUUUUUUAGUCUCCUGGAGCCCCUUUGUUGGCACGACAGGUAACCCCCACCACCAUCAUCAAGCAAGUAUCUCAGACACCCACCACCGUGCAGCAAACCACCACACUACAGCGGCCCCCUGUUGUCCAGGUAAGUGACCUUUCUGCGGGAUCUGACAGAGUGAAGGUGCAAGAUGAUGAUGAUGUCAUGUAGCAGGAGAUAUCCCAUUGUUCACAUAUUACAAGUAGUCGUAAAUGCUUGUUUACCAGUUAUUAACCCCCAUUCCUGAGCUUUUAGAGUUUGGAUUAUUUAGUGAAUUUUGUGUCCAAUAAUUCUUGUAGAAGUUGCAGCAGUCACAUAAUGUUACUCGACAGUUAGCUGAACCAUAUCUCUCAGAGUCUGUGCUGCUUCUAACCGCUGUGUGAACGUCAUGCUAGAGUAGUUUGAACUGAUACAGAAACUGCAGAGAUUAUCUACUCCUUCUCCAGUGCCGAGUCCAUCUUCUGCCCCUAUGGAAACUGCAGAGGUUCUCUUAUCUACCUCACCACCACCUCCUCCAGUGCAGAGUCCAUCUUCUGUCCCUAUGGAAAGCGCGGAGGUUAUCUUAUCCACCUCACCACCUCCUCCUCCAGUGCCGAGUCCAUCUUCUGCCUAUAUGGAAACUGCGGAGGUUAUCCUAUCUACCUCACCACCACCUCCUCCAGUGCCGAGUCCAUCUUCUGCCUUUAUGGAAACUGCGGAGGUUAUCCUAUCUACCUCACCACCUCCUCCUCCAGUGCCGAGUCCAUCUUCUAUCCCUAUAGAAAAUGCAGAGGUUAUCUUAUCUACUCCUCCAGUGCCAAGUCCAUCUUCUGCCCCUAUGGAAACUGCAGAUGUUAUCUUAUCUACUCCUCCUCCAGUGCCGAGUCCAUCUUCUGCCACUAUGGAAACUGCGGAGGUUAUCCUAUCCACCUCACCACCUCCUCCUCCAGUGCCGAGUCCAUCUUCUGCCCCAAUGGAAACUGCGGUGGUUAUCCUAUCCACCUCACCACCUCCUCCUCCAGUGCCGAGUCCAUCUUUUGUCCCUAUGGAAAGUGCAGAGGUUAUCUUAUCUACCUCACUACCACCUCCUCCAGUGCCGAGUCCAUCUUCUGCCCAUAUGGAAACUGCGGAGGUUAUCCUAUCUACCUCACCACCUUCUCCUCCAGUGCCGAGUCCAUCUUCUGCCCCUAUGGAAACUGCGGUGAUUAUCCUAUCCACCUCACCACUUCCUCCUCCAAUGCCGAGUCCAUCUUCUGUCCCUAUGGAAAAUGCAGAGGUUAUCUUAUCUACCUCACCACCUACUCCUGCAGUGCCGAGUCCAUCUUCUGCCCCUAUGGAAACUGCAGAGGUUAUCCUAUCCACCUCACCACCUUCUGCUCCUAUAGAAAGUGAGGAGGUUAUCCUAUCUACCUCACCACCUCCUCAUCCAGUGCCGAGUCCAUCUUCUGCCCCUAUGGAAACUGCUGAGCUUAUCCUAUCUACCUCACCACCUCCUCCUCCAGUGCCAAGCCAAUCUUCUGCCCCUAUGGAAACUGCAGAGUUUAUCCUAUCUACCUCACCACCUCCUCCUCCAAUGCAGAGUCCAUCUUCAUUGACAAGGGUAGAAACCUGUGCACCCUAAACCCCUCUGCUGCUUUGCUUUAUGGCCUGUUUCUACUAAAGUAAACGAGUGAAGUGCCUCGGUGUAUAAUGUACUCUACCUGUACUAAUCCCUACAUGGGGUUUGCCUGCCACCCAGUGGUCUCUAUGUGGAAGUGCCGCAACCAAACGUGGUGCAUCUCUGGGUAUUGACUGGAAGCUCAUUCUUAUUAUACUGAUCUGUCUGUAGCAAUGCAGACAGUAUUGCAAGGAAUUGAGCUUUGACUCAAGCCACAGGAAAUCUAUAACUCAAUAAAUCUUGUUUUCUCAUAGCAGCCAGAUGUUUUUCCUGUAUAUGAUUAGAACGUGUUUCCACACCAUGAAGGAAGAUGUUGGAACGUACCUGCUGCUUAGUAGGGAUCGACCGAUAUUGAUUUUUCAGAGCCGAUACCGAUACCGAUAUUCUGUGAACUUUCAGGCCGAUAGCCGAUAUAAUUUGCCGAUAUUCUGUACAUUUACCAUUUUGGAAAAUAAAAACUAUUUCUAAAGGUAAAUGCACAAAAUAUACAUGCCACGUGUAGUGGAUGCAGUAUGACAGGGGAGCUGUGUGUGUUUGUGUAGUGUGUGUGUGUAGUGGAUGCAGUGUGUGUUUGUGUAGUGUGUGUUAUGGAUGCAGUGUGUGUUUGUGUAGUGUGUGUGGAGGAUGCAAUGUGUGUUUGUGUAGUGGAUGCAGUGUGUAUUUGUCUAGUGUGUGUAUUAGUGUAGUGUGUAUAUAAUGAAAGCAGAGUGUUUGUGUAGUGUGUGGGUAGUGUGCGUAAAGUGAAUGCUGUAUAUACUAAAUGCAAAGUGUGUGUGUAUAUAAUGAAUGCAGAGUGUGUGUGUAUUUGUGUAGUGUGUGUAUAGUGAAUGUAGUGUGUUUAUAUAAUGCAGAGUGUGUGUGUUUGUAUAGUGUGUGUAUAUAAUGCAGUGUGUUUGUGUAGUGUGCAUUAUAUAAACACACUACACAAACACACUGCAUUAUAUACACACACACACACUGCAUUAUAUACACACACACACACUACACAAACACUGCAUUAUAUAUACACACUACACAAACACACACUGCAUUAUAUACACACUAUACAAACACACACUGCAUUAUAUACCCACACUAUACAAACACACACUGCAUUAUAUACCCACACUACACAAACACACACUGCAUUAUAUACACAGUGUGUUUGUGUAGUGUAUAUAAUGCAGUGUGUGAGGGGGCAUUUUUUAUUAAAUUAUUAAAAAAAAAAUUAUUUACUUAAUUAUUAUUUAUUUCUGUUGUCCCCCCUCCCUGCUUGUUACCUGGCCAGGGAGGGGGGAUAUAGCAGUCCCUGGUGGUCCAGUGGUAUUGCUGAGCUUUGGGGGGGGCGGGCAGCAAGCGCUUACUCACCUCCCAGCAGCUCCUCCAGCUCCCCAGUGCAACUCUCGCGGCCAGCGUGUCGCGCGGAGCGUUGCCAUGGUGAUCCAUGGCAACGCUCUGACGGCCGCUGGUCUCGCGAGAGUUGCACUGGGGAGCUGCUGGGAGGUGAGUAAGCGCUUGCUCUCCGCCCCCCCCAGGACCGCCGGGCUUGUAAUGAGCCCGGCGGUCCCAGGAGGUAUUAUCGGCAAUAUCGGUAUCUGAAUUGGCCGAUACCGAUAUUGCCGAGAAUACCGAAUAUCGGCCGAUUAUAUCGGUAAAACCGAUAAUCGGUCGAUCCCUACUGCUUAGGAAAGCAAUUGUACGUUUCUCUCAUUUCCUAUAUUCUCCUCCUGCUCAGGAAAGGCCAAUGAAAACUUCCCUUCUCCCAAAUUUAAACUAGAAUAAUAUAAGGAAGGUGUGCAGAUUUCAUGCAAAAUAAAAAGAUGUUCCUUCUUGAACAGAGGAAGUUCAGUAGAAACACCAUCAUGACUGACUUGGCCCCCGCUGCUUUUACACUGGUAACGCACUGCGUCCCUGGUAUCGUUGUUGCGGAACCCCUUUAUUGCUUGAGUAUGCAGACCCAUUUAGUAUUCAUAAAGACUUUAUAGUCUGCCUUUUAGAAUUUAAUAUUCUCCACCCAGUGUAGAAGUGCUUGGUUAAUGACUGAAUACAGAGACCGCUCUAGUUUACGUGUAGCGCGCAAUCGGUGGUAAAGAUGUGGCAAUGCCUGUUUAUAAUCCUCAUGCCACUGUCUCCCCUUCACAGAACCAGAUUGUGCUUGGUAGCACAGCACAAACCACCACAUUGGGUACGGCAACUGCUGUACAGACAGGAGCAGCUCAGAGACCAGUACAAGGAACUGCUACCCCGGCCGCCGCUACCACGGUGAGUGCCUCCUCUCCGUUAACCAUUUCAGUUAUAUUGCUUUACCCCAUCAGCCCAUCUCUGAAAGGCUUACCAAACCCGAAACUAUACACCUAACAUAUAUUUGCAAGCGUAUAACCUACUUUACCGUAACCUACACAGAGCAUCUAAUGUGUGUGGGAGGCUGGAGUGUCCCUUUAAUAAUAUAAACCCACCCAGUAUAACUAACUGUAACCUAACCUACACAGUGCACCUAACGUGUGUUGGAGCCUGGAGUAUCCCUUUAAUAUAAACCCACCCAGUAUAACUAACUGUAACCUAACCUACACAGUGCAUCUAACGUGUGUGGGAGCCUGGAGUGUCCAUUUAAUAAUAUAAACCCACCCAGUAUGACUAACUGUAACCUGACCUACACAGUGCGCCUUACAUGUGUGGGAGCCUGGAGUGUCUUUUUAAUAAUAUAAACCCACCCAGUAUAACUAACUGUAACCUAACCUACACAGUGCAUCUAACGUGUGUGGGAGCCUGGAGUGUCCAUUUAAUAAUAUAAACCCACCCAGUAUGACUAACUGUAACCUGACCUACACAGUGUGCCUUACAUGUGUGGGAGCCUGGAGUGUCUUUUUAAUAAUAUAAACCCACCCAGUAUAACUGUAACCUAACUUACACAGCGCACCUAACGUGUGUGGGAACCUGGAGUGUCCCUUCAAUUAUAUAAACCCACCCAGUAUAACUGUAACCUAACCUACACAGUGCAUCUAACGUGUGCGAGAGCCUGGAGUGUCCCUUUAAUAAUAUAAACCCACCCAGUAUAACUAACUGUAACCUAACCUACACAGUGCACCUAACGUGUGUGGGAGCCUGGAGUGUCCCUAAAGUAAUGUAAAAUGGUUAAAGGACCACUAUAGGCACUCAGACCACUUCAGCUUAAUGAGGUGGUCUGGGUGCCUGGUCCAUCUAGGGUUAUCCCUUUUUUCUAAAAACAUAGCAGUUUCAGAGAAAUUGGUGGCAGUGGUCAGAGAAACUGCUAUGUUUCUAAAUGGGUUAAUCUGGCCUCUAGUGGCUGUCUCAUUGACAGCCGCUAGAGGGCUUCCGCGUUUUUCACUGUGAAAAUCACAGUGAGAAGACACCAGCGUCCAUAGGAAAGCAUUGAGAAUGCUUUCCUAUGGACAGGCUGAAUGCGUGCGCUGCUCCUGCCGCGCAUGCGCAUUCAGCCGAAGAGGAGGAGAAGAGGGAGGAAAGGAGACGGAGAGCUCCCCACCCGGCACUGGAGAAAGAGGUACGUUUAACCUCUUCCUCUCCCCAGAGCCCGGCAGGAGGGGGACCCUGAGGGUGGGGGCACCCUCAGGGCACUAUAGUGGUCCUUUAACUUUUGUGAUGUAUGUAUGGCGCAUGUGUGCAUACAUCACAAGCAUUAUCCAGUUAUUUGGUUGUGCUAAUGUGGUGUGACCGUCCCUCUUUAAAAGGUGAUAGUAGUUUUGUCGUGUGAACUUCUGUUGGUUUAAUUCUAUAUUAAUAAUAAUAAUAAUAUUAUUAUUAUUAUUAUUAUUAUUAUUAUUAUUAUUAUUAUUAUUAGCAUUUCUGCAGCACAAACAUAUUCCAAAGCAGUGUACAAUUGGGGAAAGGAGAAUAAAAUACAUUAUACACAGACGUAUACAAAAUGUUAAACAGGCCUCACCCGAGAUCUUUAUACAGAGUAUUUAACUAGAUAGAAAGGUUUAAACACGGAGAUGAGACAAGAGGUAGUGGCGGGAAUAUUAAUAGUGUAAUUGCAGUAACUGUUAGCAUGUAAAGGGAAUGAGUGAAAUGUCAAACCGCUGGAAAAGCAUGCUAUAAUGUAACCAAUUGGCACCCAAUUUAUCGUUAUCUGUUAUUUUUGUGUAGGAAACUAUGGAAAAUGUGAAGAAAUGCAAGAAUUUUUUAUCUACGCUAAUCAAGCUGGCUUCAUCGGGUAAACAGUCCUCCGAAACGGCGGCUAAUGUGAAAGAACUCGUCCAAAAUCUGCUGGUAAGAAGGCUGUACCGGAUACACCUUUCCUAGGUGUGGGGGGGAGGGGAGGGGGGAACGUUGUUCGUGUGGGUAAUUGAAAACUAUACAGAGUAGUUGGUAGGAGGAAGGCAAAGUGGCGUAAUUGGCAGUUAUUUUAUAUUUACAGGAUGGAAAAAUCGAAGCUGAGGAUUUCACCAGCAGAUUAUACAGAGAACUGAAUUCUUCACCUCAACCCUACCUUGUGCCUUUUCUGAAGGUAAGAUCUAAAUGCCGCUUUGCAGCCAAUAAAACCAUGUUUUCUGUCUCACACUUCGCACAUUCUGCUGGCAGUGAAGUUAUUUGUCACCUUUAAUUGUUGUUCUUCGUCUUUUCAGCGAAGCCUUCCAGCCUUGCGCCAGCUGACGCCUGAUUCGGCAGCCUUCAUCCAGCAGAGUCAGCAACAGCAACCUUCCUCACAGGCCACCACAGCACUUACUGCAGUCAUGCUGAGCAGUUCGGUUCAGCGCACGGCUGGGAAGACCACUGCCACCGUCACCAAUACAUUACAGCAGCCUGUCAUCAGCCUCACUCACCCUGCACAGACCAAGCCAGGACAGCCUACACCACUGGUACAUUGCCCCCACCUGGGUAUCUGGGGUGCAGUACGAGGGACUGACGCUGCACAAAUGGGUUCUUUAUUACAAACUAGAAAUUCACAUGUCCAGACAUCCAUUUCUUUUGUUCUUGGAUGCAAUGGGAUUUCUCAUAUCCCAGGGAAUCCAAUCCUGGCAAAUCUAAACAGUUUAACCAUAUAAAUACUGUGAUAUGCAAGGGGAAUAUUUAGUUAUUUUUCACAAAACUUUGAAUUGUGCACAAUUGGAGAGGGGACUGUAAAUUUCAUGGCUUUGUAGCUCUAAUUGAUAAAUAGCAAAGUUUCAUCCUUUGUCUGUUAUUUUGUUCUAAACUUUUCAGUUUUCCACACUCUUCAGCUUAGUGAAUAAGGCUCUGUUUCCAUGUUCAUAUUUGCCAGUUUCCAUGGUAGUGUCUGCCUGUGACCAAUGUCUGUGCUGUAGGUGCUAUGUCACAUUGUCUCAUUUAAGCCCUGCUUCGAUAGGUGACCUACAAGUCUCUCACUACAAAGAUAGAACACGAAUACUUUGCGGGAUACAGCACAGUAAAUGUACAUUAAGAUAGGUGAGGUUACUGCUCCCUGAGUCCACCGUUUGAUAACUGUUUAUUUCCUCCAUCCAAGGUUAUCCAGCAAGCGCACAAAGCAGGUGCCGUGGUACGUCCUCCACAAGUCACAUUGACACAGACGCCUAUGGUAGCACUUAGACAGCCUCAGAAUCGGUUAAUGCUGACUACACCACAGCAGAUCCAAAUAAAUCCAAUGCAAACUGGUGAGUAUGUGUCCUCCGUGGGCAGGCUGCAAAAUGUGCCAUAUCCUGCCUCAUACUGAGCCAACGCAAAAUGUGGAACCUGUCAAAUACUGACUGUAAUAUCAGCAUGCAAACGAGUAGCUGCACUUAGCUGAAAUGGUGUUAAAUAGACACUGUUACAUGAAAAUCCCUUUCCAGAAAUAAUAUUCCCAGUGUUUGUUACCUAACUAAAGUGACGUGUAUGUCUGUGUAAUUGGUACAUCUCGUUUUAGGUGUAGAGGCAGUCAUUGUUACUUUGUAAAAAUAAUAAUGAAAACUAUGGAGAUUCUGUAUCACCAGCAGCGAAUAAGAACCUGUUAUUUUUAUAGCUAUGAAUACACAGGAGAGAUGAGAACAAGCUGGAUGCAAUAUUGUAUUGCAUUUCUGUGUCUGUAUUAAUGUGUGUGAUAGAGCACUUGUGGACUGGCAGUUAUGUUGAACGAGAAGGUCUAGUUUGCAGUCAGAGGUGUUCAGUGCGUUGAGGUCAGGACUCUGUGCCAGCUUCUCGAUUUCCUUCCAAACAAGUCUUAAUGGACCUUGCUUUGUGCAGUGGGGUUCAGUCAUGCUGGAACAGGACACUGCCUUCCCCAAACUGUUACCACAAAGUUAGACGCUCUCAGGUCUCUAAAAUGUCUUUGUAUCCAAAGCCCAAACCCUGAAAAACAGUCCCAGACAAUUAUCCCUCCUCCACCUGACAGCAGGCACCAUGGAUUCCCAUAGGUAGGUUUCUCCCGGGAUCCUCCACACCCAGAUCCUUCUAUCAGAUUGCCAGAUAGUGAUACACGAUUCAUCAUUCCAGCAAACGCGUUUCCCAAGCUCCAGAGUCAACUCUGGGAGCCUGCGUGGUCUCGCACUCCGCGACCCCACUCUGGGGGGGGCCUGCGUGGUCUCGCACUCCGCGACCCCACUCUGGGGGGGGCCUGCGUGGUCUCGCACUCCGCGACCCCACUCUGGGGGGGCCUGCGUGGUCUCGCACUCCGCGACCCCACUCUGGGGGGGCCUGCGUGGUGUCGCACUCUGGGGGCCUGCGUGGUGUCCCACUUUGGGGGCCUGCGUGUUAUGCGCACUCUGGGGGCCUGCGUGUUGUAUGCGCACUCUGGGGGGGCCUGCGUGGUGUCGCCUCUGGAGGGCCUGCGUGGUGUGCACUCUGGGGGGCCUGCGUGGUGUGGCACUCUGGGGGCCUGCUGUGGUGUAGCACUCUGGGGGGCCUGCGUGGUGUGCACUCUGGGGGGGCCUGCGUGGUCUCGCACUCUGGGGGGGCCUGCGUGGUCUCGCACUCCGCUACCCCUCUCUGGGAGCCUGCAUGGUCUCGCACUUCAUGGCUGGGCUGUUGUUGCUCCUGGACAUUUCCACUUUUCAAUAAUAGCACUUACCAUAGACCGGGGCUGAAAUUUCACAAACUGACUUAUAACUUUUAUGGCUUGGACUAUGUGUGCAUAUAUCUCUAUCUAUCUAUAUAUCCCGGUGAAACAGUCUUAAACAACCACUUUGCAGUGCUGUGUUUAAUAGAUGUGUUUGAUACAGAUUAUGCAUUUCCUUUUUUUUUUUUAAAUUAAUGUAUGAUUUUAAUUUCUUUACAGUUCCAGUUGUCAAACCAACUGUGCUACCGGGCACCAAAACAAUGUCCACGAUAACCACGCAGAUUGCUGCCGCUCAGAAAAAUAAAUUAAAAGAGCCAGGUGGAGGAUCGUUCAGGUGAGAUGCUGAGUUCACUACACCUCCUGUCAGGGUCUCUGAGGGAGAAACACCCCGAGCACUACAACUCCUGUCAGGGUCUCCGAGGGAGAAACACCCCGAGCACUACACCUCCUGUCAGGGUCUCCGAGGGAGAAACACCCCGAGGACUACACCUACUGUCAGGGUCUCUGAGAGAGAAACACCGCGGGCACUACACCUCCUGUCAGGGUCUCUGAGGGAGAAACACCACGAGCACUACACCUCCUGUCAGGGUCUCUGAGAGAGAAACACCGCGGGCACUACACCUCCUGUCAGGGCCUCUGAGAGAGAGAAACACCGCGGGCACUACACCUCCUGUCAGGGCCUCUGAGAGAGAGAAACACCACGGGCACUACACCUCCUGUCAGGGUCUCUGAGGGAGAAACACCCCAAGCACUACACCUCCUAUCAGGGUCUCUGAAGGAGAAACACAGAGGGUACUACACCUCCUGUCAGGGUCUCUGAGGAAGAGAGAAACACCGUGGGCACUACACCUCCUGUCAGGGUCUCUGAGGGAUAAACACUGCGGGCACUACACCUCCUGUCAGGGUCUCUGAGAGAGAAACACCGCGGGCACUACACCUCCUGUCAGGGUCUCUGAGGGAGAAACACUCCGAGCACUACACCUCCUGUCAGGGUCUCUGAGGGAGAAACACCACGAGCACUACACCUCCUGUCAGGGUCUCUGAGAGAGAAACACUGUGGGCACUACACCUCCUGUCAGGGCCUCUGAGAGAGAGAAACACCGUGGGCACUACACCUCCUGUCAGGGCCUCUGAGAGAGAGAAACACCACGGGCACUACACCUCCUGUCAGGGUCUCUGAGGGAGAAACCCCCCCGAGCACUACACCUCCUGUCAGGGUCUCUGAGGGAGAAACACCCCAAGCACUACACCUCCUAUCAGGGUCUCUGAAGGAGAAACACAGAGGGUACUACACCUCCUGUCAGGGUCUCUGAGGAAGAGAGAAACACCGUGGGCACUACACAUCCUGUCAGGGUCUCUGAGGGAGAAACACGCGGGCACUACACCUCCUGUCAGGGUCUCUGAGGGAGAAACACCCCGAGCACUACACCUCCUGUCAGGGUCUCUGAGGGAGAAACACCCCGGGCACUACACCUCCUGUCAGGGUCUCUGAGGAGAAACACCGCGGGCACUACACCUCCUGUCAGGGUCUCUGAAGGAGAAACACCGAGGGUACUACACCUCCUGUCAGGGUCUCUGAAGGCUCUGGUUAUUUGAUGCUGGUCUGCGUUAUGCCAUAUGCAUUUAGUUUCCAUAUUAAUAAGAAAUACUUAUCACUUGCGUAUCGGCCACACGCACUGAAACAUACAACUCUCCCAUGAGUUCCUAUAGCAGUGUGUGUAGAUUCCAUACAUGAUCUGUAGAUCCAAGUGGGAUCUUUACUUAAUGCAGUGUUUGUGUUUUUUAGAGUCUGUUGAUGCAUUUUUAUGCGUGAUAUCUUUUUAUAAUAAUAAUUUCCUGUUUAUUCAGAGAUGAUGACGAUAUAAAUGAUGUAGCGUCCAUGGCGGGCGUUAACCUGUCGGAGGAAAGUGCACGGAUUUUGGCAACAAACUCUGAGCUAGUGGGAACGUUAACGCGUUCUUGUAAAGAUGAGACGUUCCUACUUCCGUCAUUACUGCAGCGAAGGAUACUUGAAAUCGGUAGGUGUUCUUUUCAGAUUCACCGGCUGUAUUUUGAUAAUGCAAAAUGUGAUAAAUAUGUACUAUGAUGCAAUAGGUUCCUGACAUUUCCCAUUGUAGAUCAAUUGAGACGUAUAGCGUCUGCCAAUGAAAUCGAAGUAGAAAGAAUUGGGAUUGAAAUGGCCUUGUCUAAACGUGUUUUUUUUUAUAUGAAUCUAUAUAGAACUUAAUGUUCCUUAUUGCGAUGUAAGAGAGAGCGUCUGUAUAUAAGCUUGCUUGCGAAGAGCAAUGCGCCCGAUUCUGCGCUCUCCGUUGCAUUGUUUCACAGGGCUUCUAAUUCAUAGAUAAAUAUAACGUGGCUGCUGCCUUACCACCUCUAACAGCCACCAGGGGCCACAGUCACAAUUGAGUUUUAUUUUUUAUUUUUUUUUAUUUUUUAUGAAGAUAGAAAUGAAAGACUUUAGGAAUUUUAUUAGUAUUUUAACCCUGUGAUAAGGUAUCAGAAGACAAAGUAAAAGGCUGCCUUUAUCUUACGGACAAGACGUUGCAGUGGGCGGAGCUACUGUCCCCUUUCCUAACGCUCACACACAGCCGAUGGGAAGAUGUCUCUUCUGUCGCCAUGCAUAACAGAUGCUGAUGGUGUCGUUAUGCCCAGACCCCCCACUCUGGGCUUCCUCUGUAACCCUGACACAAUCUAUGUUUCUAUUUUACCUUUUAGACUUCUAGUGUUCUGGAGUUAAUCUAUUAAAGGAACACUCCGCUUGCUGAAAUGCUUUAGGCUUUUCCAGCAUGUCCCUGUGUGAGCAUGUUUAAAGCCCCCUAGGGCUGCCUUCUCCACUUGCUUUGAGCUCUCAUUCAAAGUGGAAAUAGUUUUCUAUGAGAAAUUUUGCCGUCAGAUUGCGGUGAUAGCCAUGCAUGCUUUGGUGUCCCAAUAUUUCCUUACACGAGGAACAGUUGCUGUGAAAAGAUGGCUGUGGUGCUGGUCCAGGAAAGUAACACAUUUUUGUGUGUGCCUACAUCUAAAAUAAAACCAGAACACUCCAUGAUUAGAAGUAAAUGUAUCCGAAUUCUGUCAGAUGGGCUACGUACAUACCUUUGGAUCUGUAGCAGCAGGUGGUUGCCUGAGCGUUUUGAUUUGAGUCUCCUUUUCAGCCUAAAUUGUUAUGUAAGUUCAAUUUGUGGCCCCUCAUUGCUGGAUCUUUUGGUUUAACUCUGAGGACUAACGAUCCUACCGAUUCCUCCUGUCCGACAGACCGGCGGAUUCUUUUUUCCCUCUUUGUAUUUUAACGGACAUCUCUUCCUACAGGUAAAAAGCACGGGAUUACAGAAAUCAAUCCAGAUGUGGUUGGCUACGUCUCCCACGCCACACAACAGCGACUACAAAACAUAGUGGAAAAAAUCUCAGAAACGGCUCAGCAGAAAAAUAUCUCACAUAAGGUGAUACUUUGUGCUAAUGUAGGACUGUGGAGGGAGGAGGGAGGAAAGGGACUGGUGGCUAGCACAGUGUCAUGAUUGCAGUCAUUAGCUUCUGAAGGUCUAAUAUUUAAAAGGAAUCUGCCAUAUAUUCAUGCCUAGUCUUCUUAAUGUAUUUAGUAACUUUAUUCUAAUAACAUAGAGCCAGAUAUAUAUUGUUUGUUUCAUGCUCUGGCCUUUUCACGGCUAUGUUUCUGUAGGAGGAUGAUCGCUAUGAACAGUCCACUGAUGUUCGAACACAACUCAAAUUCUUCGAGCAGCUUGACCACAUAGAGAAGCAGAGGAAAGACGAGCAGGAAAGAGAAAUUCUCAUGCGGGCAGCUAAGGUACUCAUGCUUCUGGCGGAGUUUUUACAAAAUACAAUACAUGAAUCUUUUAUACUUGUCUCAUCCUUCACCCGUUCUGUAAAAUGCUAUCUACCAAGGUGGGCAGGGACAGUAAACGAUACAAUAUACAAUCCGUGGAUGUCUUCUCAUUUCUUUCUUUUUCCUGAACAGUCUCGAUCAAGGCAGGAAGAUCCGGAACAGUUACGGCUGAAACAGAAAGCAAAGGAGGUACGAAAUGCAUGAGAAUUCGGGAAAUGGACUGAUUGGUCGCAGAGAGAAUAUCCAGUUUAUAAACUCUUUGUUCCCCAUAGAUGCAGCAACAGGAACUGGCACAGAUGAGGCAGAGAGAUGCAAAUCUAACAGCGUUAGCAGCUAUUGGCCCUCGAAAGAAGAGGAAAGUAGAGUCUCCGGGGCCCGGUUCGGGGUCAGAGGUUUGUAUUCCAUAAUUCUGUGUAAAUGGAGAAUGUUUGACAAAUUAACAUGCAAUAUGCAGGGCUUGUAUGGGCAGUGGAAAUGAGCUUUAAUAGAAAGAAGGAAAGGCUUAUUAGAGGGCCGGUGUAGGGGCUUGAUGGGGGGCAAGGGCGGGGGACGGAUGGGGAUAAGGGCAGGCAUAAGGGGCCUGAUUAGGGGAGAAGGGUAGUCGUAAAUGGCUGGAUGGGGUCAGUAGGCAGACGUAGGCAACAAGUGCUAAUAUUGGAUGAGGGAGAAGGGCACAUGUAAGGACCGGAUGUGGGUAGGAGGGCAGGCGUAAGUGGUUGGGGGUAGAGAAGAGUUGGAUUAUAAUAAUUGAAAGAAGGGGGGUGAUUGUGGAAAGAGGAGGUAAUUUGGUGAUGUUGAGAACUCAGGCAGUAGGAAGACAGCAAAAGUUUAAAGAUAGAUUCCCCUUUUGAUAAAAUGGUGUGAGAGUUGCUGAUUAGAAGCGGGGCUAUUGCUUUAAUAAGUUGCUAAAUGGGCACGGUUUUUAAUAGGGUCUGCUGCCCCUUUAGCAAAGACGCUUCCAGGUGCCAUACUCCAUAUUUGCAGAUUAGAGUAAAAAUAAGGGAUUUGUAAAAUCUCAGGGCAUUGCUGCUUUUUAAGUAAAAGCUCUGUAAUUUACGGAUCCGUACAUUAUGCUGUCUGGUGGGACUGCCUGUCAGUAUUGUGAGUAAUUAGACAUGUGGCACACACUAGGGGCUUGUUAGACAGCUGUUGUGAUAGUGCAGGAAGCUAACUCAGGACCUGAAUGGCCAAAUAAUGAGCAGGUUUUCUUCUGUGAAAAGUACAGAACAGCCGCACAUGCUUGUGCCAGCCGGGCACAUCUCUUCUAUCUCCUUAUUGUGAUUAAACCGCAUAAAUGGGCAGCAGAACUCCCAGCCAGAUGUUGCAGAUGCUUUAAUGAUGUUUGCGAUUCACACUGAAGCAUUCUAUGGUCCGUCUAGCCAACCCCAGCGAAGCAUUACACUGACAGCGAUAACGCAGUGCCUUCUGAUCUUAUAAUACUUCACACUCCACUGAGCUCGUGUAGCAGAGAAAAGCUUUUCUUGAAUAUUUUUUUUCAUGCUCUUAGCAAAAAUAAGGAACGGACGUGGUUUAGGGCAUUCAACCAUCUCGCUGACACUAGGAAGGAAAUCUGUUUGCAGAUUGAUCUGGUAGAAAUAAAGAAUCAAACGUUUUCUCUUUGGGAGAUUUAACCAUUGACCUACCCUGGUGUACAAAUACUGUACUCCUCUCUGGCAGUGGUUGUUAACAAUGGGGCAGGGAAGGUUUAUACUGUUAAGGAAUGACUCUGUAUUUAGCUGCGUGUCGUCCUUGUUCAUACGUGGCCUCAAUGAGCCACGCCGCUUUCUACUCCAAACAAACCUUUGGUGUCAGUCCAUAGUUCCCAAAUAGUGUUUUACUAACCUUCGUAGUAAUGAGACUUGGCAGGUAUCGUAGUGCAAACAGCUCUGUUAUUAGUGACAAACACUGACACAUCUGAAACCUUAAAUGGUCUAUUCACUAAACUGGUAUUGGCAGAGAAUUGACCAGGAAAUUUCAGGCCAAAAUAGCGGAAUCUGAGAAUUUGUCCAAUUUUUGUGUUUUAAUUUAAAAUGUUCAUUUCGAUAGUUGGUUUGCCAUAAUUCACAGUUUAGUGUAUAAUUUUAGUGUUUUAUUGAAAGAAUGCCGGUUAUAAUGGCUAGAUUUCCGUUAUUUACAGCGACAGUCACAGAAGGCAGGAGAUUCGUACUGACUCUUUUUUGUCUUUUUCUUCCCCAGUCAUCCAGCACAAGUACGGCGACGGCGAGCAGCUCGGGGGGAGGAAGUAACCGUCAGUUUACACGACAAAGGAUAACGCGGGUGAAUCUCAGGGACCUCAUAUUUUGUUUGGAAAAUGAACGAGAGACUAGCCAUUCACUAUUGCUAUACAAAGCAUUCCUUAAGUGAAAAUAUGAACCUAAAACCACAAAAAACUCAACAAAAAUGGAAAAGAGCAAGGUAUUUUUUUGUUGUUUUUGCAAAGGCGACACCCUUACCCCUUCCCAGGACAAUUUGAUAUUAUUGCAAAUAAUCCCCCACCUUUUUUUUUUUUUUUUUUUUUUGAGCCAUUAAUGGUUUUUUACUCCCCAAACACACACCCUCUGAUCCAUCACAUCCGCAAGAUCCGCAACAUGCAAACAGAUGGCGAGGAAGCCUACAAUGGAACGGACAGUUACACCGACGAUUUUGGAAGUGAUGCCUUCUGCAAACCAAGCCAUAUACGGAUUAUUAAUCACAGCUAGCGCCAUUUUAACCACCCCGUGCUAUGUCCUGUUUUUAGAUGAUGAAUUCUUAGAUUUCAUGGUUUUUUCGUUUCCCCUACACACUUUUACAGUUUUAAACCCCGUAAAUGAUAUCUCUCGGCUGCAUAACGCCAUCCCUGCCAAGCCAGUUAAGGGUUUCUUGUUUUUGCGCCAGUUCAGUGUUGCAGACAGCUAAGCUCACUUUUAUUUUAUUUUUUUUCUUGUAUUUAUUGAUUUUUAACCCAUCUAUUGGGUGCUGCAUCUCAGAAACCCCCUCGCCGCUGGAUUUUACUAAUUUCACGUUUAACUGUGAGCAAAACACGCUACAUCUGCUCUAUUUUAGUGUUUUUUUGUUUUUUUUUAUCCACUUUAACCUCAAUUUUAAUCUCAUUUUCCACAAAAAGAUUGGAUAAUUGUUUUUAUCUCUACAGAAAUUUUGUUUAAAUAAAACCAAUGCAAUGCUUCUUCUACUUUUAUUCGUAGAGAUGUACCGCGUGGGCAAAUGAAUGAAUAGUGUAUAUGACCCUACAUAUAUAUUUUACUUGCACUGUUUUUUUCCCAUAUAUAUAUAUAUAUUUUAUUUUUUUGUGUGUGUACUUUUUUUUUUUUUUUGUAUGUUUUAAUUGUAUUUUUUAAUUUUUUUAUUCUUUAAAUCCACCUGAAUUGCUUCACCCUCUUUAUACCAGAGACUACAAGCAAAAAGGAAUAAAGCAGUAAGUCACUUGUACAGAAAGGGUUAAGUUUCUAUUUAAAAAUAAAAAUAAUAUUUUAGCUUCAUCAUGACAUAUGAUCUGUUCUGCAAAUCGAGUGGGGCAAAUCUCGACCUGCUUGUAGUUGCAUUUCGGAAAUUACUGUAGAUUAUGUAAUGGCACAUUAUAGUGGGGAAAGACUGUCUCCCAACACAAAUGAUCCCAUGUACCACAAAUUAAUAUGUAAAAACCAUAAUUAUUUUGCUAAGAACCGUAUGCAAGCUUUGGCGACAAACUUUAUCUGUCACCCGAGCAAAGCUCCUUUCUUUGUAUCUAUUUUUUUAUUACGAAAAAAAUCUACUAUUUGGUUCUUUAUAUUUUGAAAGGUUGCUGUAUUCAAUUGUCAAUUGGUAAUACUUUUCUGAGUGUAUAUAGUCUGGCUUUGUGUGCAGCCCCGCUAUUACCGCAAUCUCUGCCUUGUAGACUGAAUUCUAAUCAGUAUUCUCCUGAGCUGUUACAUCACUUUGUCGCCUCAAUGCCCAGCUUGUAAUUCCAUCUUUUGUUUUUCAUUGUACAUUUUGCACAGUUACCUGUUUAUAUGUAAAUAUUUUACUUUAAAAAAAAAAAAAAAUGAAGUUUUUAACUGCUCUUGUUUUAUAUAGGAUUGAAAGAAAAUUAACUCCUUUAUUAAAAACAAAUUUAUCUGUA